GUGUGUGUGUGUGUAUGUGUGUGAGUGCAUGUGUGUGUGUGUGUGUGUUUCUGGGAGCGGAGUGGAGUAGGAGAGCUGCCGUCUCCUUGGCUGUGCGCACCGCACCGCACCGCGCCGAUCCGGACCCGGACCCUUUUCCUCGCCCCGAUUCGGCGGAUACUCCCCACCCCCCUCCCCCCCACCACCAGCACCACCACCACCACACACCCGUCGCUCUUCAUCAUCCAGCAUCCAUCGAAUGGUCCAUAUUCCUGGAUCUCCAGUCGGGCAUGAGAGCGCAUCUUCUUCCCCACGUCUGAAUCAGCGAGAGCAAAGCGCCGGGCAGUGCCAGCGGAGGAGAGCCUCGUUUCCUCAGGACAGUGUUUGGAGCUAUGCCAGUACCAGACCAGCCUUCUGACGCAGAGAAGACAACCAUGCUGAGCCCUGUGUUGAAUGCCUCCAAUGGGGAUGGGUCAGAGACAGAGAACACCUCUGCCAUCUUGGCAUCCGUGAAGGAGCAGGAGCUCCAGUUUGAGAGGCUGACUCGGGAGCUGGAGGCGGAGCGCCAGAUUGUUGCCACCCAGCUGGAGCGAUGCAAGCUGGGAUCUGAGACAGGAAGCAUGAGCAGCAUAAGUUCAGCUGAGGAGCAGUUUCGCUGGAAUACUCAAGAUGAACAAAAAGACAUUGAAGAUGAGCUGACAACAGGCUUGGAGCUGGUGGACUCUUGUAUCCGAUCUCUGCAGGAGUCUGGGAUACUUGACCCCCAGGAAUAUUCAACAACUGAAAGACCCAGCCUCCUGUCCCAGAGUGCGCUGCAGCUCAACACCAACCCAGAGGGGUCCUUCCAGAGUUCCGCCAGCUACCAUAGCAACCAGACCCUCGGCCAGGUUGGAGGCGCAGUGCACAGCUACAACCAGGUUACGUCCAGCAGAGCAGCCCAGAUUGCCGCCAGCGAAGCCGCCCAGUCACGGGACUCCUUCGCGCCGAGCCAUGGGAGUGCCUUCCACCUGCCUGACCCCCAGCCGGUGGGGGCCUACUACUCUUGUUCCACCCUACCAGCACAGCGUGUGAGCUCCCCGCUGUCCAUGCAGACAGUGGGCUCUCCUGCUAAGCUGCAACGGCUGGCCUCCACGUCCGUGUCUGACACAUCUGGCUACGCAAACGCCCAGCGGAUCUCUUCUCCCAAGCCGUCACCUGUCCGGCUGGCCAAGUCCUACAGCACCAGCUCGCCAGUCAACACAGCAGCCUCGUCGUCAUCACCGGGGCACGCUAGUGCCUCUCCGCUGCGUGUGGCCUCGCCACCCAAUGCCACCAGUUCUUCCCCCAUCCACCAGCUGAGCUCUUCAGUGGGGAGCUACGCCACGCUGUCCCCCACCAAACGUCUGGUGCACUCCUCAGACCAAUACAAGGUCUCCCACGACUUGUAUGCCACAGCCACCUUGCAGAGGCCGGGCAGCCUGGGAGGGUCAAGGGGGUCGUACACCAGCCAACAUAGUCACGUGGGUACUGAGCUACGACCCCUGCAGUCCCCUGAGCACCACAUUGACCCCAUCUACGAGGACAGAGUCUACCAGAAGGCCCCCAUGCGGAGCUUGAGCCAAAGUCAGGGCGAUGCCCUGCCUGUGGGACCUACUGGAGCCUACCGUACCAACACAGCCCCGUCCUCCCCCGGUGUUGACUCCGUCCCCUUGCAGCGCACAGGCAGCCAGAAUGCAGCCGGCACUUACCCAAGGCCCAGCUACAACACCGGUCCAGCCGCUAACUACACGGACCCUUACCGCACACUUCAGUACUGUCCCUCGGUGGAUUCCCCUUACAGCAAGUCAGGCCCAGCACUGCCCCCCGAGGGCAAUCUGGCCAGAUCGCCCUCCAUCGACAGCAUCCAGAAGGACCCCAGGGAGUUUGGCUGGAGAGACCCAGAGCUGCCCGAGGUCAUCCAAAUGUUGCAGCACCAGUUCCCAUCGGUGCAGUCCAACGCGGCGGCCUACCUGCAGCACCUCUGCUUUGGAGACAACAAGAUCAAGUCUGAGAUCCGCCGCCUGGGGGGCAUCCAGCUGCUCGUGGACCUGCUGGACCACCGGAUGAGCGAGGUGCACCGGAGUGCUUGUGGGGCGCUGCGCAACCUGGUGUACGGCAAGGCCAAUGACGACAACAAGGUGGCCCUUAAGAACUGCGGAGGGAUCCCUGCACUGGUCCGGCUGCUGCGCAAGACCACUGACGUGGAGGUCCGGGAGCUAGUCACGGGGGUGCUAUGGAAUCUUUCCUCAUGCGAUGCCCUGAAGAUGCCCAUCAUCCAGGAUGCACUGGCUGUCCUGACCAACACAGUGAUCAUCCCACAGUCAGCCUGGGACAGCUCACCGCAGCCUGAAGACCGCAAGCUGCAAUUGCACUCCUCACAAGUGCUUCGCAACGCCACGGGUUGCCUGAGGAACGUGAGCUCGGCUGGAGAAGAGGCCCGGAGGCGGAUGCGGGAGUGCGAGGGACUUACAGACGCGCUGCUCUAUGUGAUCCAGAGUGCUCUCGGGAGCAGCGAGAUCGAUAGCAAGACCAUUGAAAACUGUGUGUGUAUCUUGAGAAACCUGUCAUACCGCCUGGCUGCGGAGACCUCUCAGGGACAGCAGAUGGGCACAGAGGAGCUGGACGGGCUGCUGUGCGGCGACGCCAAUGGCAAGGACGCCGAAAGCUCUGGCUGUUGGGGCAAGAAGAAGAAGAAAAAGAAGCCACAGGACCAGUGGGAUGGUGUGGGGCCACUCCCAGAGUCCACAGAUCCCCCCAAGGGGAUCCAAAUGCUGUGGCACCCUUCUAUUGUCAAGCCCUACCUCACUCUGCUCUCCGAGUGCUCGAACCCAGACACGCUGGAGGGCGCGGCAGGGGCGCUUCAGAACCUGGCUGCCGGUAGCUGGAAGGUAGGACCCACGUGGUCAGUGUACAUCCGCGCCGCUGUGAGGAAGGAAAAGGGCCUGCCCAUCCUGGUGGAGCUGCUGCGGAUAGACAACGACCGCGUGGUGUGUGCGGUUGCCACUGCCCUCCGGAACAUGGCGCUGGAUGUGAGGAACAAGGAGCUAAUUGGCAAGUAUGCCAUGCGCGACCUGGUCCACCGUCUGCCAGGCAACAGCAGCAGCGGCACAGCAACCACCACCUCCGCCACCACAACUGUCACAGCUACCAAGACCAUGUCAGACGACACAGUCACGGCCAUCUGCUGUGCUCUACAUGAGGUCAUCACCAAGAACAUGGAGAACGCCAAGGCCCUGCGUGAUGCUGGGGGCAUUGAGAAGCUCAUCGGCAUUGCCAGGAGCAAAGGAGACAAACACUCGCCAAAAGUGGUGAAGGCAGCCUCUCAGGUGCUCAGCAGUAUGUGGCAGUACCGGGAUCUGCGGAGCCUCUACAAGAAGGAUGGAUAUUCACAGUAUCAUUUUGUGGGCUCCUCAUCAACAAUAGAGAGAGACAGACAAAGACCCUACUCUUCCUCUCGCACCCCUUCGGUUUCCCCAGUUCGGACAUCCCCCAACAACCGAUCAGCAAGUGCCCCUGCCUCUCCUCGGGAGAUGAUUAGCCUCAAGGAAAGAAAGACUGACUACGAGUCAACCGGAACGAACGCCAGUUUCCAUGGAAACAAAGGAGAGCACACUUCCAGGAAAGACGCCAUGGCAGUUCAAAUCUCAAGCGGUACUUCAACAUUGUUCCGAAAUUCAUAUGUGACUCCUAAUGAGGACAUCAAACACAACCAGGUUCCAGUCCAGCCUGUUCCUCAAGACACCGCUCGGAAGGAGUACGAGACGUUCCCUCCGUUCCAGAACUCCACCAGGAACUUUGAGGAACCUUUCUUUGAAGAUCAGGUGCACCACCGGCCCCCACCUCCCACCACAGAUUUAAAUAUGCACCUGGGACUGAAGUCGACAGGCAACUAUGUGGACUUCUACUCCGCAGCCCGGCCCUACAGCGAACUCAACUAUGAGACCAGCCACUACCCUGCCUCACCAGAUUCCUGGGUCUAGCGGCUGGCAUCCAACCACAGCAGAGCACAGGAGUAAUUGUUGUGUGUGUGUGUGUGUGUGGGGGGGGAACAGUGCAUGUGCAUGCAUACCACAAGACAUUUUUCAGUCCAUUUUGUUUGUUAAAGCUCGUUCUGCAGAGAGGUUUCACUAAAUUGAAUGGGUUUAGAGAAGGAGCUUCGAUGGAGGAAACGGGCACCGAGAGAGCACACCGGAUAGAAAGGAGCAAAAAAAGAGAGCGUGAGCGUGAGAGACCAUGAGACAUGUACAGUAAAAAGAGUUGGAGCGAGGAGAAAAGGAGGAAUGUGGAAAGGAGAGGGCAGCAGAGAUGGGAUGGAGAGAGUGUGACAGUGUGAGAAAUAUACCGAGCGUAAGCGAGCGAGAGAGAGGUGAAAAGGAGGGAGAGAUGAAAGGUAGGAAGAGCUGUAGAAAGUGCAAAGGAGACCCAUGGAGAGAGAAAGACAGUGAGAGGUGACAAGUGGAGAGAUAAAACACAGAGAGCAAGACGAGGAAAAACAAAGGUGUCGUAGAAGUACGUAAUGAAAGAGCCCAUGAAAGACAACUCGAGGGCAUGUGCUGUAUAGAAAACAAGAACCUCGACCUUCAGCAUCCCCCAGGAGUAACGAUGCAGAAUGUGUGGAAUGCUAAGGAUAAAAAGAGACCAUGAAUGUGCGGGACGACGCAGCGACAAGUCGAGUAAGCACAAGAACACAAAAUUGUUGUUUACACGAGCGAGGGGAACGACGCCUCAAGUUUCUUUACUUUAACUUCGUUGUGAUCCAAGGCUUCAAUCUGCAUUUUAUGGAGCAUUUCCUCUGUAGUAGAGGAUGCAUUCGGCCUCUGUUUUCUUUCUUUUUUUUUUUGCAUUUUCCCGUUUUCAUUAUUUUUUAAUUCAUACUUUUUUAAUUCUUUGUUGUAAAGUAUUCGAUGUACAUUACAGAGAUACAAGUGCAUUGUGUAUAUUACACGGGCGCCACUGUGUCCAGUCUUCAGUGGCUCUUAACAUUGUUUUACCAUCAAAUAAAAAAAAAACGACAAACUCUGGAAAGAUUACAGACGUCUUUCCACGCUAAGUAUGUUUUAACAUCAAGAAGGACAUAUUUAGAAGUAUUGUUUGUUCUGAUAAUGUGAACUUGUUAGUGGAAACUAAACAGACAUUUUAAGCAUUUUGAGACAGUAACAGAAUAUCAUUCCAUACUC